AUGAUUGGAAGCUCUGGAAAAGCGGUCAUGUGUGAAAGGCCAUUAGCCGAGCGCAUCGAAACCAUUGAAAAAGUGUUCAGAUUAGCAAUACAACGAAAUCUUCCUGUGUUAACUGUUAUGAAUCGACGGUUCGAUCCCGCGUUUCGUAUCGUUCGACAUCGUGUCAAAAAGGGAGAGAUCGGUACAAUUCAUGGGGUUAAAAUGUGUCCCCGAGAUUCACUUCGUCAUUCAGCUUAUAAAGGAUCGACUAAUAUUUUCCUGGACUUAGCGAUACAUGACAUUGAUCUGAUCUGUUGGAUUGUUGGUCAAUAUCCAAAUGUUGUUAUCGCCACGGGGACAGCUUUUGAUCCUGAGAUUCGAGAUUCAGGUGAUUACGAUACUAUUGUUGUGGUUCUUAAAUUUACCUCUGGUGUUUUAGGAACCAUCGAUAUGUCUCGAUCUUCUGUUUAUGGUUAUGACCAACGACUCGAGGUUUUCGGUUCUAAAGGUCUGUUAACUGGACCUUCAACACGACCAACUUAUGUUACUCUAGAUUCUGAAUCGAGAUCAACUACAGUCCCUUAUCAUCAUUGUCAUAUUUCCCGAUUUACUGAAUCUUAUACUAAUCAAUUAGAACAUUUUGUCGACUGUAUCAAAGGUUUGAGCGCAAUUGAAGUAAAACCAAUGGAGGUGAUGGCGGCCACUAAAGUAGCUCAAGCGUGUACGGAAUCAGCUCGAAUUGGAAAACCGAUUGAAUUGACCUGGAAGGAAAGUUGAGCAGAAAUUAACGCCAACGAAGAAUAAUCUUAUUAAUAAUUAACCUCAACUGUUAGAAAUGUUUCCCCUUUAAAUUGUUAGUAAUCUGAUAAAUUUAAAUCGCGAAUCGAGACUUAAAUUAUCAAUAUGAUCUUAAUUUCUUAGCUCGUUAAUUUAAUGAUCCAAAAGUAUAUCCUAAACUGCCAAAUACUAGACAUAAAAGUAUUGUGACUACUCAAAAAGCUUCAUGUAAUUGAAUUUCUGUUAACAGAGUUAAAAUCUAAAUAUAAGUGCAAUUAGCGUUGUCGAGAUUCUCAGAUUAUCAAUAUCAUAAUGUUCACGAA